ACUUUGUGUUUGAGAUCGGUUGGUUGUACAAGGACUCGCAAAGUUGUUCAAUAUGAAAUACCUGUGUCUGACUCUGAUAGUAGGCGUAGCCUUUUCGGCUCCUGUGGAUGAGAGGGAAAUGACGCCUGCUGUUGUUGGCAAGAAGUUGGUGACGACCACUACAACAGAAAUGCCCCAAAUGGUGGACAUCGUCGAAUCCGGAUCCGAACACAAUAUGGAUGGUUCGUACAGUUUCCAUUUCCGUGGUGCUGAUGGUUCUUUCCGCGAAGAAACUGCGGUGGUGAAGAACGCUGGCACUGACGACCAAUAUCUGGAGGUAACCGGGGCGUACUCCUUCUUCGACAGCGAAGGCCAAGAAGUUGUUGUGCACUACAAAGCUGACAAUCAUGGUUUUGUGCCGGUGGGCAAUAACAUUCCGGAUGAAAUUUCCAAGUCGGCAAAGGCGAAUAGUGAACUUCCGGCCAUGGAGGAUUCCGAUGAAGAGCGCAAAGUUGUCGUCAAAACUACCGAGACCAAGGACAAAAAGACUACAUGAAAAAUCCCCCCCCCC